CAAAAGCAGAGUAGAGAGGGACAAUCCCUUCCUUUUCCCUGCUGCCACCCAUCUGUUGAUGCAGCCCAGGAUACAGAUGACCUUCUGGGCCUCAAAGGUAUACUACUGGCUCAUGUACAGCUUUUUAUCCAGCAGGACCCCAAAGUCCUCCUCUGCAGGGCUGCUUACAGUGAGUUCUUCCAGUCUUUACUUAUGUCUGGGAUUGCUGUGAUACAAGUGCAAUACCGUACACUUAGCCUUGCUGAUUCAUGUGGGCCCAUUCUUGAUCCCUCUGGAUGGUGUCCCUCCCUUUCAUUGUGUCAGCUGUGCCGGUCAGCUUAGUGAAUCAUCAAACUUGCUGAGGGUACACUCAGUCCCACUGUCAAUGUCAUUGAUAAAGAUGUUGGAAAUACCAGUCCCAAGAUGGACCCCCAAGGGACACCACUUGUCACAGGCUGUCAUCUAGAUAUAGAGCUGUUCACACAACCCUCUGGCUGUGACCAUCCAACCAAUUAUUUAUCACCCAAUAGUCCACCUUUCAUAUUCCUAUCCCCAGUUUGAAGACAAGGAAGUGUUGUGUGAUCAUGACAAAAGCCCUGCACAAGUCCAGGCUGACAAUAUCAGUUGCCUUUCCUUUGUCCGUUGAUGCUGUCAGGCUACCAUAGAAGGCCACCAGACUGGUCAGGCAGGAUCCACCCUUGGUGAAGCCAUGCUGGCUGUCUCAGAUUACCUCCGACAUGUGCUUCCAGGAGGGUCUGUUCCAUGAUCUCCCCCAGCACAGAGGCCAGAACAGGAUGCUGAGGGUCACAAGAAACUGGGAUCUGAUCCAAACUGGCUAUGGGUGUCCCGUACUGUGUAGUGACAUGGAAAACAAUAAAAAUGGGGAGAGUUGGCUGAGGGGUUGCUGCUGCUUGGGAAUUCUGUGGAUGUCAGUGGCUGGUGAGGAAUUGCACUGUGUGUCAAAUGUUCUGUAUAUUGUGUGGCUUUUAAAUCAUUACUAUUAAACUGACGCUCAGCCCCCCACAGGUUCUACCCUUUUUUUUCCCCCAAAACUAUUUCUCCAUCCCACAGUGGGUGGAGUGAGUGAACAGCUUUGUAAUGCUUAGCUGCAUGCUGCUUUAGUAACAGCAACAACUGCUACAUCUCUCCCUGGAAUGGUUCAAUAAAUCACAUUUGUAAUUCUUGCCUGGUAAAUUAAAAUCAACUUCUCAGUAGUUUAUUAUGGUUGCAAACUUGAAGGAAAAAAAAAAAAUCGAAACGGUCAAGCCGUAAGGCUUUGGAACAGCCCCCAAAGGAGCACGGGGGAGACAGAACUGACACUGGAAGCAAAACCAAGCGGAGUAUGAAACCGCCCUCGGUCCCGCAGCGCCGCCGGGGCGGUGUAGGCGGCGAGCCCGCCCCGGAGGUGAGUGGAGGCCGUGCCUGCCGUACGCCCGCUCCGGUCUCCGCGCCUCGAAGGAGGAAGGGCGGCGGGGGAACGCUGAGGCGCGGCCGCCGGCUUCCUGCUGGAGAAGGGGUCCGUGCCUCGGUUGCAGACAGCACCUGGAGGCUGGACAGGUGGAAUACCUGGUCUUUUGUUAGGGGCGGUGUUCACGUGGCCAGAAAGUGAAGUGUGCUCCACUGAAAAAGAAAAGUAAACAAAAAACAGGUGGAGGGUAAGAUGGAGGAAGCAGAAGAGGAUGACAUGGCAUGUGGAGACUUGGGGAAUGGACUUGGGAGAAGACCUGGAGGUGUUUAUGAAGGGGAAAAAUUACAGAACUAUUCAUUCAGAUCUAAGAAGGUGUCUGUGAAGGCUUACAACACUCUCUCAUCAAUAAAGGGAGUGGAAGAAAAUGAUGCUACCCCUCUUCCCUGUUCCAAAAGAAACAGCUUUUGUGAUGGAUCAUCCAAGAAGCUUCUUUCUAGUUUGACUCGACAAAGUAGCUGUGAAUCCAGUAGUGAGGUGUCAAAUGAAGAACUAAAGCAACAGCUUCGAGAAGCUCUAGAGGAAAUUGAAAUGUUGAAAGUUGAGCUUGAAGCUGCUCAAAGAAAACUUGAAGGAAAAGAUGAAGCCCUAAGAAUUCUGCAGAGCAUGGCAGUAUUUAGUAAAGCCACUAGUCAUACAAAAGCAAUGCUUGAAAAAACUGAGGAAGAAAAGAGAACUUUAGAAAAGGAAAUUAAUAUUUUGCAGUGGGAAAUUGAAUUUGAUCAGGAUAGAUUUAAAAACAUAGAAGACACAUGGACAGAAAAAUAUGACAGGAUAUACUGUGAAAACACAGCUCUUAAAGAAGCACUGAAACUGAGAACGGAAGAAGUUAAAACUCUUAAAUCUGAAAAUGCAAUCUUGAAUCAGCAGCGCUUAGAAUUUCUUGCCAUGCUUGAUGUGAACAAACAGAAGAUUGUUCAGGAGAACAUGUCCAUGAAUAGAAGAGACAUCACAGAUAUUACAGGUUUUGAACUGGCAGUUCUUGGUGCCUGCACCUGCAAUUCUUCUGUGGGGCAGCCUUGUCCCUGUGCUAAAAUGGCAGCUGUCACUCGAAAGCAAAUUCUUCAUCUCAAGCAAGAGAUUGAACUUCUGAUGAAGAGUAAAGAUGAAGCUUAUAUAAUGGCAGAUGCCUUCAGAAUUGCAUUUGAGCAGCAGUUAAUGCAGAGGAAGGACCAAGCCCUGAGGCUUGCAGAAGUGAUAAAGAUUAAAAAGGAAACAAAACUUAUAAACUGGAGGCGACUGAAAGAAGAUGGUAACUGUAUCUGUAAUGGUGGACUAGAAAAAAGUCAGCUGAUGGGCACGGGCAGAUAUUUUUAUUGCAUCAGAUGUGUGGUUCUGGUUUAAUGGCUGACAGAUUUCCGAAGAGUUCAGAAAAAAAGGAACAAAGUUACGUUAAAACUGUACAUACCAUAAGAAAUAGAGCUGGUAGUUCACAAACUUCUACCAGAAGUUUCUUAUGAAGAAUGUGCAUGUAUAAGUGGAUUGUUACAGUACUCAUUAUAUAAAAAUGAUUGUAGGACAUUGUUGAUACUAGUCCUGCUUUUAGUGUAGCCUUUUUUAAAUUAUAUGCUCGUGAGUUGUAUUAUGUUGGAAUAAAUAAUCUGUUAUCCAGAUUAACAAUAGCAUUGUAGAUAUUAAAGAUGUUAGAAAAACAGCACAAAAAACCUUGCGUCUGGAAAGGCUAGCUUGGCCAUUUAAGGUGCUAUCAACCAUUUUGUUUUUAUUUUUUCAAUGAAGCCUGUAUCAGGAAGGAUAAAGGCAAAAACAGGUACUUUUUACUGGAAUACUGCUUUUUUCUGUUGGUUUUUUGUUGUUUUUUUAAGUACUUCAAUUUUUCAUUAUUUAUGUAGGCAUUAAUAUUUAUUCUUUUACUAUGGUCAUCUACAAUCUGUCUGGAAAAGAGAAAGACUUUUCAUUAUCCUUUUCUUAGUUGAGAAAAAAACUAAUGAGAGUUGUUUAAGUGCUUAUGUCACGGUCAAAACUAUAGCAGAAGUGAGAAGUAGAAUGUACUUCAAAAUGUGUUUCUGCUAGCCAUUUAUCUGUAUGUGCCAAGCAUGGAUCUGUGGAUCCUCUGAAGUCCUUGGACACCUCCGGGAAAUAAUAUUAAAACAGGAUAUAUCUCCAAUAUCUGUUUCCCUUUUAUCAGUAUCACCAUUUCACGGAAUCAAAGAAUGGUUUGGAUUGGAAAGGACCUUAAAAACCACCCAGCUCCAACCUCCUGCAAUGAGCUGGUGGCUUCCCACCAGGUCAGGCUGCCCAGGGCCCUGUGCAGCCUCGCCCUGAGUGCAUUGUGUGUUCUAAGCUCUAUGUUUUGAUACAAGCAUUUCAUCAUUUUAAUGUAUUUUAAUCUUUUGAUAAAUCCUAGAAACUGAACAUAUCAGCCUACCAGAUGCUUAAAAACACAUUGCCAUGAAUUGUUAUUUAGCUAGAGCCAAGAUAUAUUUUUAAAUAGCAAAAAUAAAUAUUUUUUAUUUUCAAUUUGCUCAUAUCUGAUGAAAAGUCCAGGUAUCUUUUAAAUGAUGGCAAGAGUGGUGCUCCAUAGUAAUAACCUGCCCUAAGAUGUACAGUAGAAGCUGUAGCCUGCAGUGCCCUUCUGGAGGACAUUGCUCAGAGUUCAGUUGGAUGCACAUUCAUUUUAUCCAAAGCCAGUUUUUCUCUUAAGUAUUUCCACCAUUCUCAUACUUUCCGUUGUUCAUAGGGUCUGUCAAGCUACAAGGGAACAAGAACAGUCUGGGACAGAAAUUAUCAGGCCUGCUUUUUUUAGAUGCUGACAGCAGGAAAGUUGAAGAAC